ACACAACACAACAAAGCCGUUCAGCCAAUCAGAUUUCUCCCCUACGUUCCCGGCCCUGCCUUUGCUCGCCUGUUCUCUGCCAGGCUGCUGCAGUCUGUGCUUUGAAGGGGUAAGCGCGUGAGGUCCAGCCAUGCCAGAGGUUCCGUCCGGAGCUCCAGAGAUGUCCCGGAAAAGAGGCGCUGAGCCCGGACCGCUACCCGAGCACGUCCUGGACAGGAAAAAAGCCUGCUGGGGCAUUCUGACUAGUCAAGGGUCCUGGGCAGAUCGCUCCCCUCUCCAUGAAGCAGCUUCUCAGGGUCGACUGCUUGCUCUGCGCACUCUGCUGGCCCAGGGAUAUCACGCCAACAUUCUCACCAUCGAUCAUGUAACCCCUCUCCAUGAAGCCUGCCUGUCAGGACAUGUAGCCUGUGUCAGAGCGUUAAUACAUGCUGGAGCUAAUGUGAAUGCUGCUACAAUCGAUGGUGUCACUCCUCUGUACAACUGUUGUGCUUCUGGGAGUGACGGUUGUAUAGAACUGCUGCUGCAGAAUGGAGCACACACCCACACACCACACACACACUUCCCCUCGGCUCUCCACGAAGCCUGCAAAAGAGGUAACAGCCAGUGUGUAGAAUCCCUGCUGUCUCAUGGGGCAGAUCCAGACUAUGAAGGGUCCCACUUGGGUUCUCCUCUCUACAUGAGCUGCCUACACCAACACACAGCCUGCUCAAAGAUUCUGCUUCACAGCGGAGCCAAUGUUAAUGUAGGCAGAGGAGGUGACAGUCCUUUGCACGUCUCUGUCAGACAGGACAGUGCCGAUCAGGUGUCACUGUUACUGGACUAUGGAGCUAAUGUCAACAUCAGAGACAGCAACAAUCAGCGGCCUGUGGAGCUAGCACCUGCUGGUGGAAAAACACAACAGCUGCUACUGACAUUUGAAGUUUCUCCGAGGAAUCUCUGCCAGUUGUGUCGUAUCCAGAUCAGGAACCUGAUUGGUCAAUCCAGACUGAAGCUGCUCCCCCUCCUUCCUCUCCCUUCACUGCUCACUCACUAUCUGGAGCACACAUAGGAGGAUGGGCACACACACACAUGCAGCAUGACAAGGGAAAGCAACUGUUACACA